AUGGCUGUUGUAUUAAACCACAUCACCACCUACUGCAUUGGAAACCUCUUAACUAGACUUAAUCUGUAUGAUUGCUUAGGCAAAAGGAAGGAAUAUGGAGCAGAUUUGUUGAGAGCAAGAAUAUAUUUCUUUAAACUCCAGGCUGGAAUGUCUGAACACAUUGACGAUUAUAACAAUUGUAAAGGACAAUUUCUGUCCUGCGGAGAGCAUGGAAGAAAGGGUAUGAAAAACAUACCUUUCGUGGUCCUGAUUGCCGGUGGAACAUUGGCUGUUCACACUGAAUGUGGUCUUAAUCUAACUACAAAGGCUGAAUUAUGUCAAUGGCUAGACCAAAGAGAUCCAGAGGUAUUCUAGUGUAUUAAACCUCUCAAUGUGCCUUGUAAGGCUUUUACCUACCUGAAGACAUACCUACAAAAGAUUAUGCCCACUCUGAAGGUCUUUGAGCACCACAGGAAUGGAUGGUUCAAAACCUAUGUGGCAAUAGAUAAGGAGAGGAACAUUCAAAUUCAGUGAGAGAUUCAUGGGCACCCCUUUGUGUCUUUCUCAUAAAAAGAUGACUACAUCACACAUGAAAUCAACAGGCUAGUGGGACAGAAAGACAGGGCCAUAACACUGGGCCUGCACUUUAGCCCCUGCCGUAUUGAUGCUUUCAUCAGGAGGGUGAUGGAUGUUCACAAAGCCAUCCCACGCCUUUUACUUAGAUGCCCAGACACAAAAGUAAUCAUCAAAGCAGAAAAUACCAGGGAGAUGCACAUAGACAUGGAGCAAUUCAGUGACAUUCAUGAAUAUGUCCAAUAUAUGGCAAUGACGGACAUUUUUCAGAGUCUUACGGUGGGUAUCAUUGAUGCCUGGUCUAUGACUAUAGCAUAUGCCAAAAUUCACCCACCCGAUCGUGUGGUUGGGAACCAAAUCAGUGUGUGUUUAAUGUACGUGUUAGCUGAUAUUUAUCUAAAAUGAAAAACAGGCUAUAACUUGAGAACAAAGCACUUGAUUAGAGCUGGUUGGGAGGAC